CCCCUGCGGGCCGCUCGCCGUCGCCACGGAAACGAAGGCAGCCAAUGAGCGCGGCGGCUUGAGCUCCUCCGUGACGCGCCGGCUCCGGUGGGCUCGGAUGGGCUCCGGUGGGCUCCGCGCGGCGGACGACGAUGCUGAAGGCCAAGAUCCUCUUCGUGGGGCCCUGCGAGAGUGGAAAAACCGUUUUGGCUAACUUUCUGACAGAGUCUUCUGAUAUCACUGAAUACAACCCAACCCAAGGAGUGAGGAUUCUGGAAUUUGAGAACCCGAACGUUACCAGCAACAACAAAGGCACCGGGUGUGAAUUUGAACUAUGGGACUGUGGCGGGGACACAAAGUUCGAGUCCUGCUGGCCGGCCCUGAUGAAGGACGCUCAUGGAGUGGUGAUCAUCUUCAACCCUGACAUCCCCAGCCACCGGAAGGAAAUAGAAAUGUGGUAUUCCUGCUUCGUCCAGCAGCAGCUCUUACAGGACACUCAAUGCCUGUUAAUUGCACACCACAAACCAGGCUCUGGAGGUGAUACAGGAAGACUGUCUUUGUCACCACCCUUGAACAAGCUGAAGCUGGUGCACUCGAAUCUCGAGGAUGACCCUGAGGAGAUCCGGAAGGAAUUCAUAAAGUAUUUAAAAAGCAUAAUCAACUCCAUGUCUGAGAGCAGAGACAGGGAGGAGAUGUCAAUUAUUACCUAACUGGGCUUCAUCUGGGACUUCCACAUCCCAGAUGAAAUCAACAUCUUUCCUAGUGCAGAUCUGAAAUCACAUGCAGCUACUAACAUUUUCUUCUCCCUGUGUCUGUAGAAGAAAUUUUCCUAUCUGCCAGAAGGUACCAGUCAGCCAGAGAGUUGACUCAUACCAUCUAUUCUCUGUCCUUGGUUCAGGUGAGAAAAAUCCUAUGAUUGGAUUCUGAAUUCCUGGCCCCAGACCAUUCCAAAGCUGGAAAUUUGAGGGUAUUUUUCCCCCUACUUCACUUAUGUCAAGUUACAAAACUUGUGGAAUUGUAACUAUCAUAGCCCAAUGGGACAACAGUCGUUUAAUCCACGUGUAUUGGUUUGAAUGUGAUUUUCUUUCCUUGAUUCACCCAACAGAUACCAACUGGAUGAACAUCUGCUAUGUGUGCAGCAGUUCUAGCUGUUGACCACAUACAGCAUGAAUGAAAAAGACAAAAAUCCUUGCCCUCAUGGAACUUCCAUUCUAUUUUUCUAAAUAAUAGUAGAGACAAAAACUUAAGUACUACAUCUUGGAUAUGCAAAAAAAAAAUCUACAUUUUCUAUAAUUGUCUAAAUCUCGUAUGUUCUCCUCUACCAGAUAAUGAGGGGACCUGGGGUGCUUAACAAUGCUAAAUGAAGGUAUAGUUGACCCUCAUUCAUAGACUUUGUAUUUGGGAAUUUGCCUGCUCACUAAAAUUUAUCUGUAACCCCCAAAUCAAUACCAUGGCGCUUUCUCAGUUAUUUGCGGACAUGAGUAGAGUGGCAAAAAAAUUGAAUUGCCCAAUGCACACGUUCCCAGCUGAGGUCAAACAAGGGACACUCUGCCUUCUUGUUUCAGCUCUCAUACUGUAAACAAGGGUCCUUUUCAUGGUCUGUUAAUACUUUGUGUCAUGUUUUCACAUUUUUGUGCUUUCUGUUGGUGAUUUUGCUGUUUAAAAUGGCCCCCAAGCGUAGUGCUGAAGUGCUGUCUAGGUUUCCUAAGUGCAAGAAGGUUGUAAUGUGCCUUAUGGAGAAAAUACGUGUGUUAGACAAGCUUCAUUCAAGUGUGAGUAACAGUGUUGUUGGCCAUGAGUUCAAUGAUAAUGAAUCAAUGUAUAUUAAAUGAAAUGUCUUUAAAAAUAAACACACAAAACAAG